UUUUACGCCGCGUACAAAUCCUUCUUCAUCAAGGUUAUCGAUGAAAGGAGCCUCAGCUCCACGCUAGAGGAAUACAUCUUCUCUAAGAAGUACAACUUUAUAGAGGGGCGAGACGCAUCCGCCCAGCCGGUGAUGUUGGCGCGCUUCCUUGGAGGUUUGUUCCACGCCUUCAUCCAUGUAGGAUACGGCGCGGAAUUAGGCAUCCCAGGCAUGGUUCCCAGCGGCACAACUGAAGUGGAAGAGGCAACAACUUGGCUUGCCUCCCUCGUCCUUAACACAAAGGCAUCUACUGUGCCCUCUCAACUCGAACAACCGCCAAAGAACCAUGCGUUCUCUAUUCUUGCCAAGAUCAUGCAAGACUCGAAAUUCACACCGAAGGAAAUCAAGAAGCAUUUUAACAAUUUUGAUGGCCUGAUGUCCGAGCACGGUGAUACUUUAUGGCACUACGCUGAACAAUGGACGAUCGAUCCGUCGCAGCCAGGCGAAAUCGAACGCAAGAUGGAAGAAUGUAUUUGGACAAGCACUAUCAUCUACACCAUUGGCGGAUGGAACAAGGACAGAAGCUUCACAGCAGACUUCACAUAG